AAGAAAUUGAUUCAGAAUUAAAUCAAAUUUCUAAAAAAUAUCAUAUGACAGUCAAAUUAGAUAAUAGAAUCGAGACUGAUUACAAUUCAGAUCCACAAAUCGAAUCUUCAAUUCAAAAUAACUAUCAGUAUUUUGAAAAUUUUAGCAAAUCAGAAUCUGAGUUAUCAGAUCUUCACUCAGACGAUUCUGAUUAUACACAAAAAAGGAAAAAAAGGAAAAAAUAG